UUGUGUUUGUCGAAAGAGAGACCUCAGAAUGCUGAGGAUGUCCUCAUAAAAUCGGUUUCUAUCGUUGUGGAAAUAUUCGAGAAGAGGAGAAAGGAAGACGUCAGCAGAUAAAUGAUAGAUGUAGUGGGACUGUUUGUAUCAGAAAUGGACAAUUUACAAUGGCAACGAAUAAUUAUCGUCACGGUCCUGGCAUCUCUAGCAGCCUGGUCACCAGUUACCGGUGAUUCCCUGAUGGGUGGUCACUUGGACAACGAGCCAACAUCACCGUCCUCAGAAGAUCAUCAUCAUCGUCCAAGUAUACCGCCAUUAGCUUUCAACGGUGGUCAGCCAUUCUCCCUGGAGAAGGAUCCCGUUACCGGACAAAUCGACUUUGGCAAGGCACCGCCAUUUAAAGCCCUCAAUUACACCGGUUCUUACGCCAGCGAUGAUGUACAUAAAGAGGAAAGCGAGACCGGGAAUGAAGAAACCGAGAAUGACGCCAUAAUCAGCAACAAGAAUGAAGACGAUCAGCAGAUGCCCAACGAGAUAAACCCAUACACACCGAGCUUUCACGAUUAUCUCAACCUUCCGGUGCGUUACAACGAUCACGAGAAGUACACGAGUGACAAGUACCCCCUCAUCUCGAAUUCCUAUGCAAAUACUAAGGUCCAGGGAGGUUCAUCGGGUUACAAGAUCUACAAUUCCUUGAAUCACAAGAACUACAACAGCAUAAGUCACCCAGGAAAAGCAUCAACAUCGCAGUCAUAUUCCAACACACGAACUCCCUACGUUCCCAGAACAACCAAGCGCCCGACAACGACAAUCAGAACGACCAGAACUACCACAACGACGACAACAACGACCACUACAGCUAAACCAACAACGACAACGAGAGCUACCACCACUACCAAGAAAGCGACGACAGUGGAACCCGUCACCACGUGGAAGCCCCAGCCAGCGGAUCGUUACAGCAUGAAUUACGACGAGGAGAUUAUGCUGCCCAUUGAGAAGAUGCAGACUUCAGGAAAUGGAGGAGAUCACUUCGUCUCAUUCCCAAAGUUUGAUUAUGACGAUGGGUACGAUUAUCUGCAUCAGGAGCCAUCAGCACCGUCAUCACCGUCCUCAACGACUACGAGUAGACCAUCAACAACGACAAGACCGAGUACUACUACGACUCCCACAACAACGAUGACAACGACGACAAUGAGAACCACUGAAGCUUCAACUACGGACCCUCCAAGAGCCUCUCAGAGCCCCCUCGUCAACAAUCAGAGGCCACCACCGGUGACUACAGUAGUCAAUGGUCACCAGAACUACCCUAGCUUCAGUCCCGACGGCCCUCAGGGCUAUCCGGGAUUUAAUCCUCUCGCCGUCGAGUCCUCCAGCAAUGUUAUAGUCCCUCCCGACCAGGACACCAUCUCCUUCGUCCUGGGGAACAGACAGAAUGUCCAGGGGACGUACUACGGACACGGAAGCGCUGUUGCAGAGUCCCCUUAUGGAGAUGCUGUGGUGUCACCAAAUCGAAUGGACACGAAUUACGAUCACGAUUUGAAGAUCGGAGUGCCUUCCUCAGAGGUCCAGGCCCCUCAGGACGCUCCCAAGGUCCCAUCCGGGUUUCAAUUCCCCCAGAGGGAUGUGAUAAGCAGUGGGCACAAGUGGUGGUUCAAUAAGGAUCAGUCCGAGAACCCACAGAGUGUCGACGAUAACGAUAAAGAUAAUCGAGUUAAUGUGGGCGCCGGCUACAGGGUUGUCUUUCCAACCUCUGAGCCCUCGACUUCACCGGCUCCAGUGGUCUCCAGUACUGAAGCCAUGACAACGACAGUGGGAUCAUCAGGAGUGUUGGGAGCACUGGGAUUUUCGGAAUUAUCUGAUGUGCUGAUGCCACCGGCUGUGGACAGACCUGUUCGUCCAGUACAUCCGCACCCCUCCGGUCAGCCGCAUCAUCCACACCCACCAGGGCACCCUCCAAAUGGCCGACCGCAUUACCACUACCACUCGCGUCCACUGGACCUCCCCAACCGGAUCCCAAGGCCACCGAAUGCGUAUAAAAUCCGUCCGCCAAUCGACAUUAAUCUUCCCAAUAUUCUCCCACAAUUCCGGCCGAACGUGAAAACCUCUCAGAGACGAGGGAGUGAGGCCAUUGGUACCAUGAUCAUCUCCAGUCCUCCAAAAUACCCGACUCGAGUGUCAGUGAGGCCCUCGUUGCACCCACCAUCCUCCCACAGACCCCCUCCUAGGCUUCCCUCCCAACCCGUCUCCCCUCUUCAGAGAUUAAAACCCCCACCUCCACCACUACCACCGCCAAUCUACGCCCUGAGACUGCCCUCCCCAGAGGCCCUGGUCGACCUCCGAGGUCCAGAGGACCAUCAAAAGGACAUUCCCAUCCGUAGGAACGUCGGGGAGGGUCUCAUCGACGAGCGAAAUCGCGGCAAUCAAGUUCUCAAAUCACGACUUAAUGACGAGAACUCCGACAAGUUGGAGGGUCCCCUCCCCCCGCGUCCGCCAAAAUUUUUCGAACGUAAAAGUGGAAAUGACACGAGAGUGACGACCCUCCAGAUGAUCCAGCAUCACGGGGACGUUGGAGAAGUGGAAGAAGAGGGAAUGCAGGGAGACGAGCCCCAGGAGGAUGAGGAUGACAGGAGAGUUAAGCCAGGUGUUGAGGAAGUCGCCCCUGUCUUCGUGGUCUACCCCGUAAAAGGAGCCCUGGGAAUUCACGGCGACGAAGAUGAUGACAAACAUCUCGAUGAAAGCGUGGUAGUGGGAACACACGGUGGGGAGAGACCCCUACCCCCUGAUACUCUCGCCAUAUCCCCGGGAGACGAUGAGGAGAUCAAGAUGCCUGGCAAGGUCGUCGUCUCGGACUUUCCAUACCCCCUCGAGCGACCUGACCCUGGGAUGUUCAUCAGCCCCGUGAAGGAGAGGCCUUUGCUAGUGCCUAACGAGCAGAUGCAGGACGACGAUGAGGAGGGCAUCAAGGACACAAGCAUCAAUGUCAUUCCGUAUCUCCAGGAUCAUGUGCCCUUCGCCAUCAAACCCAACGCCAUCUCCACUACGUUGCACAUUGGAGCGAGUCCAUUGGCAGGCUCUUCAGGGGGUUCUCCAGGUUCUCCGGGUGGAUCCACACCAAUUGCCUUCGUCUACACUCCGACCAUGAGGCCCCAUCAGGCCCCAGAGUCCAGUGAGGUUUACGAACGUAAUCCUGUCUUACUACCGUCCCAGCAGCCGUCCAGCUCCGCCAGCUCGGCGCCAUCUCCUCAGAAUUUUAUGGCUCCGUUUGUGGCUAGUGUCAGCGCUGAGGUGCCCUCCAGGGACGGCUGGAGUGUAGUGACAGUGAGACCGGAGAACGUGGAGACCAACACCGCAGAGGCUGAGAACAGGGUAGGCAUGGAGGGAAAGGGGGAUACUGAAGAGAGGGGUGGAAACUUCACGUCUUCGGGGAGUGAUCCUCCUGGAGAUGAUGGGGAGGUGGAGGCCGGUCUUCAAACUGAAGCCAGUGAAUUCGACCCUGAAAAUUUUAAGCCUCAGUUGUUCGGGGGAUUUCAACCGAUUCUAGAGUUCCCGAUGGACUCCGCGGAGGUGCCCAGCGAUUUGAGGAAUAAGGAGAUCGUGGGGGUCGUCGAGAAGCCACGUGGAGUCAAGGAGUCCGCACCGAGGACUUCCUAUGGGGAGUAAUCGGGUAUGUGGAGGGAACGAGUGAAAAAUUUUUUUCGCGAGAAAAAUUGCUUUUGCUGGGUCUAUUCAUUUACCACAAGAAGAUGUACAUAAAUAUUUGCAUCCAGUAAAUUUUCUUGUAAUAAAUAUAUGAAUAUACUUAGGAAAAACUUUAUUUUCAAUAGAAAAUGAGAUUCACUAGCAUUAGAAUUCAUGUGGAAAAUUUAUACACUCGUUUCUCCUGCGAAAGAUGAGUUGGGAAAUUUUUUAAAAAAUCCUACCCAUGAUUUCGUGAAAGUAAACUCCCCUGGCAGUCGUAUUUCUCUGCGAACCGAUCAUCUUCGGAAUUUUAAGAUCAUUUCGAUCUAUCAAUUUCAGCACUGACAUUUUGAGAGACUGUAAAAUUUUUCAACUCCUCUUUAUCUACUCAUUACCUAUAGAACAGCAAGAGUAACCAUGUCUUAAUAAUUAAUUCAUCGUCAUUACUUCUAGAACUCAACGAUCUCCACUGUCUCAUGUCUCAUUCAUCACUCAACAGUUAUUAUAAAUAAUAAAUUGUAUAUUUAUUCAACUCAAUGGAAUGUUCAACUUUGUACGUAUGCGAUAGUACCAUGUAUUCAAUCAAUUGAAUAAUUAAUUUCCUCAGGACAUAUAUUUGUUCUCAACGAAAAGUAUUUCUGGUACUGUUCGCAUAUGUACGAAUUUUCAUGCAUAACUCAAAUGAAUAUCAUACUUAACAUCGUCUUGGUACCCAUAUGCCAGUAAUGCAUGUGCGUAUCACGACUAGAUAUAUUAAUUAAAUGUAAUCUUAUCUUUGUUCGUUGUAUCAAGUCUUAUAGGUGAAUUGCGUUGUAAUUAAUCGGUGAUUUCAGUAUAAAUUGCGAGACAAGAAAAAAAAAUAUAAAAAAAAUUUAAUUGACGCUUUUUAUAUCGAGCUUCAAUUUUUUUUCGUUUUGUCACUUUACCUUAGGAAUAAAUAAAUUAAUUCAUGCACUGA